AUGGAACUGAGUGAAAAGGAACAACACAAAUUUUAUAAAGUAGUUGUGUGGUAUUUGGCUUCUUACUCCGCUUUUUCUGAAGACAAGAAGAACUGUUUUGAUUUCAAGAAUUUGACGUACACGAAGAGUGACAGAAAUGCAUUUGGUGUCAACAUCCCAAAGAACGUGAAGUCUCUUGAUGUUGCAUGCUUUUCACAAUGUGAAGUACAAGAAGUCCAACUUCCUGACAAUUUGACUUCAUUGGCAGAGUACUGCUUUUCAAAGUGCUAUUUUCUUGAACGAGUGAUACUAUCUAAGAACAUCAUCCAUAUUGGCAGUUAUUGCUUCUCUGAUUGUACUGGUUUGACAUUUCUUAAAUUUGAGUGUCAUAUACAAACAUUGGAAGAGAACACAUUUGCAAAUUGUUCAUCGCUUAAAACACUUGAUAUUCCAAAUGGCGUCAAAACGAUUGGGGAUGAGUGUUUUGUGAAUUGUUCUGCUUUGGAAAUAGUCAAUAUGCCAUACACUCUUGAAGAGAUAUCAACUAAGUGUUUUGAAAACUGCAUUUCUCUUAGAGACGUUGUUAUUCCAAAUGGUGUUACUCGACUUGGAAAGGAGUGCUUCUUGCAAUGCAUUCGACUUACAGAGAUUGUUAAAAAUGAAAGGUUAUAUGAGGAUAUUUACUAA